AUGCCGCGUACCCUCCGCGCGCGUAAAUCUCUGCCAAAUUAUGCCUCAAUCGUUGGAAUUGAAGACGAUGCUCAUGAGGCUGGUCCUUCUACGUUACUAUUAGACGACAGCAGCGGGAGUGACUUUACGCCGGAAACAGAAACAAAGUCGCGUAAAUCCCAGGGCGUCGACGUGGAUGAAGGGGGCGAAUUAUCCGACGCGGAACCACUGGAAAUCGCUGCUACCGCGCCAUCUAGAGUUAAAUCUAAAGGGAGGGUCAGGAAAGGGAAAGGACCGAUCAGCGUCGUGAAAUCGACAAUUCCCAAACCAACUACACUCUCCGGAAACUUCAGGCGCCAGAUGUAUAUCUUACCGACGCCAAGCGUUCACCAUCGACAUCGAGCAGUUCCUCUGUAUUUUACUCCAGGACGUGUCGAACGAUUGGUCUCGCGACCAAACUUGUUUUCAACCUCGGAAGUUGUUCUAACCAACAACUUCACAAUGAAUGCCACAAUCAUCGACCGAUUGAACAAGGCCUGGGGAUACAAUGUAGGUCCAGGCCCGAUGUGGGAACUUGUUGAAGAUCGCGGAUGGUUCAAAGAGGCGCAAGGUUUGAUGGAAAGCGAGAGGAAUAGAAGGCCAAGGGUUCAUGAAAAUGUCUCUGUUCUCAAUGGAUGGACUUUUCUGGAUGCAGAAGAAGGCUCAACAUAUCUCCCUACUGAUGAUAUCAUCACUGAAGAAGGCGACUUCAGACCACCUCCACCAAUACCUUGCUACUUUGGUCCUUUCGGUUCACAGACAGCUCGCACGACGGAAAUGUUAUCGGCGUUCAAAAUGGCGGAUUUUAUCCCAAAUAGCUCUGCCCAUGUAUUCAAUGCGGGGGCACCUGUUUGGGGUAUUGACUGGUGUCCAUUGCAUCCGGACACUCGUAAAGAGAAUGGAUACAGGUAUUACCUAGCUGUCGCGCCUCUGCCAUCCCCGUCCCAUUCGCCCGAAAUCGGAAUUCGGGUUCAAAGACCUUCAAAGGCAUGUAUCCAAAUCUGGAGUUUUGGUUCGGACGCUGGCUAUGAGUCCGCGAGUACCGGUAGGGAAGGAAGCACACAUGGAGCUUCUGAACCUAAUCCGGGGAGAAUGAAAUGCGAUUUAGUCAUUUGUAUCGAUUGCGGGCCUGCGUACGAACUCAAGUGGUGUCCUUUACCUUCUCCUUCAGCACAAACUGCAUUUGCAGGGCCGAAGAAGUUGGGCUUACUUGCCGGAACGUUUGAAGAUGGUUCUUUUGCCAUAUUUGCCAUUCCAGAUCCGAAAGACAUUGCUCCUCCGAAUCACGAUUACAUUAGGCUUCCUGAUCCAGUUCUACGGAUAGAAAUGGAGGAAACAUGUUGUUGGAGUAUUGACUGGGCUAAUAGUGAAGUUGUGGCUAUUGGAAUGACGAAUGGGUCUAUUGGUGUCUACGACGUUGGUUCUGCGCUAAAGCAGGUCGAUAACACCAGCUCCCUACCUAUCACAAACCUGCUCCCAACACAGUAUCUCAACAUCCAUCAGGCAGCUAUACGGACCUUGGCAUGGAUCCGUGCGCCAACGAAUGACAGAUUGGGGGAACCACGUUUUGACGAGGACCCCAUGAUACUAGGAAGUGGUGGUAAUGAUGGAGUAGUGUGCUUAACCAAUAUUCGGUCAGGACAUGGCUCCGUCAUGAACAGGACGCGAGAGUUAGAUGUUAUUAACUCGAUGUCGUACUCGUCUUACGGGGGUGGACCUGUAACCAUUGAUCACGACGACGCGGUCAAAGCCUAUUCUGCUUCGCCGAAGAUGUUGGGGAGAGGUCAUAUGUUGGUGGAGCCCCAGGGCCCAGUUUGGACUAUAUCUGCCUCAGACCUCCAUCCCCAACUUGCUGUCGGUGCAGCUGAUGGAACAUGUACGACGACAAAUCUCUUAAGAUCAACACGUCGAGGCGGCUCCGUUCCCUUCUUCGCGCACAAGAUCUAUCAGUUGGAUUACAACCGCACUACUAAGAAAUUCCGUAUGCUGGAGCAGUUCUUACCGCAAGAAACGCAAGAUCGUGGAGCCGCCAAUAACCCGAAUAAUGUUAAGCUCAAGAACGCUGCGAAUGAUGAAAGGGGCACGGGCGUGUGGCCAAGGGAAGUCGGCGUUCAGCGGGUGGUCUGGAACAGUGGAAAUGGGUUAGCAGCCGCAGGAAUGCUGGCUUCUGCGACAGGUUCGGGACUAUGUCGAGUGGAUGUGCUAUCUGGCAGGUGGUUAAAAGAAGGAAACGUGAAAAUGCCGUAUGGCGGUAUAGAGAAUAUCAGGCUAGAGGCUGACAAUGUCGUAGACGAUAUAGAGGCUGAUUCGGACGAGGGAAGUAGCAGUUGA